AUGUGUGGAAUUAUCGCGCUUCUGCUAUCGAAUCCCGAUAUAUUGGCAAGUGUCGAAUUGUUUGAGGGAUUGCAAAUAUUGCAACAUAGAGGACAGGAUGCGGCAGGUAUCGUGACAUGCGGACAUAAAGGACGUCUUUAUCAAUGUAAAGGGAAUGGAAUGGUAAGGGACGUUUUUGAUCAGGAAAACUUGCAGAAUUUGAUUGGAAGUCUCGGUAUCGGUCAUGUUCGCUAUCCAACCGCUGGAACGUCUUCCAAUUCUGAAGCGCAACCUUUUUAUGUGAAUAGUCCAUACGGAAUAGUUUUGGCACACGUAUGUAAAGAACUGGAUAAAGUAAUCGUGCACGCUAUUUCCGAAAUUUACGAAGAAGACAUCUUUACGGCCAUAAAAGGAAUUUACGAACAAUGUAUAGGUGGUUAUGCGUGUGUGGCUAUGAUUGCAGCUAUAACAAAACGUGUACUAGUGAAUUGGGGAGAGCUCACACCAUGUAUAUUUGAAUAUGUAUAUUUUGCACGUCCUGAUUCAGUCAUUGAUGGAAUUUCCGUAUAUCGCUCGAGGUUAGAAAUGGGUGAGCAUUUAGCUGAUCAAGUUGUGAAGAAAUGCGGCAAAAAUUUGGAUAUUGACGUCGUCAUUCCGGUUCCUGACACAAGUCGUGUAGCUGCUCUUCAAGUGUCACACAAAUUGAAGAUUGCGUAUCGUGAAGGAUUCAUAAAAAAUCGUUAUGUAGGACGUACAUUCAUAAUGCCCGGACAACAAAUGCGUCGAAAGAGUGUUCGACGUAAAUUGAAUGCCAUGGCUUUGGAAUUUGUCGAUAAAAAUGUUUUAAUAGUUGAUGAUUCAAUCGUUAGAGGUACAACAUCCAAAGAGAUUGUCCAAAUGGCACGCGACGCCGGCGCAAAAAAAGUGUACUUCGCUUCAUGUGCACCUCCGAUUAGGUAUCCUAAUGUUUAUGGUAUAGAUAUGCCAUCUCGACGGGAGCUUGUGGCAUUUGGUCUUGACGAUGAUUCAAUUGCCAAAGAGAUAGGUGCGGAUAUGGAUCUUAAUGACUUGGUUGCUUCUUGCCAGAAGUUCAACCCAAAUAUUGCAACAUUUGAUUGUUCUGUAUUUAGUGGUCAUUAUGUUACCGGCGGGGUUACAAAUGAAUACUUGGAUCGCUUAGAAAGGUCUCGUAGUGAUUUGGCAAAAUCGUCUAGAGAAAACCUUCAUUCUCCUGAUACCAUUGGGUUACAUAAUUUUCGUUAUACAUCUUCACAAGCAUCAUUAGAACGAAAUGGUCGGAAUGGUGUUAAAGCUUCACGUCAACGUAAAGAACGUUUAGAAGCUACACGUAAACGAAAGCUUGCAUCUUCAAAGUCUGAAGAACAGGCAUCAGAAGAGCAGGCAUCUGAAGAACAGGCUGUUGAAGAAGAUUCUAAUACUGUAAAAAAACCUGUAUUAAAAUUUCGUAAUUAUACUCCAGCGAACGAAGAAAUAAAAGCUGCUGCCAAAAUUCACAUUGCGACACCGAACGAUUUAGGAGAAACUCUAGAAAAAAAUGUGGAUCGCAUCACUAAAGAAGUGGAAGAAACAGAAAAGGCAAAACGCGAGGAAGAAGAUUUAUUUAAUUUGGCACCGAAAAAACCAAAUUGGGAUCUUAAACGCGAUGUUGAAAAAAAGUUGGCAAAACUUGAAAAAAAGACACAAGCUA